CAACACUCCUACUUCUACCACCAUGUUUGCCAAGGUCGCUCUCUUCUGCCUCAUCGCCGUCGCUGCCGCGGCUCCCGUUGAGGAUUACCCACCUCAGCCAUACAGCUUCAGCUAUGACUCCACCGACGACUACGGCACCCGACUGACCCGCGAGGAGACCGGUGACGCCAACAACAACAAGGUCGGCUCCUACAGCUACACCGACGCACAGGGCAUCUCCCGUACCGUCAGGUACACCGCCGACGCCGAGGGUUUCCAUGCCACCGUUGACACCAAUGAGCCCGGAACCAAGAGCUCCAACCCAGCCGAUGCCGUGUACACCUCUAGCGCCGUCUAAGUCGCCCCCGCCCCAGCUGCCGCCGUCGUUGCCAAGCCCGCGGUCGUGCAGUCCGCCCCAGCAACCGUUGCUGUGCAUGCCACUCCUGUUGCUGUGCAUGCCGUGCACCCAGUCCAGUACGCCGUGCACCCAGCCCAGUUCGCCGUGCACCCAGCCCAGUACGCUGUGCACCCAGCCCAGUACGCCGUCGUCCACCCAGCUCCUUUCACCGUCGCCAAGAGAGCUUGAG